AAUUCCUUCACAGUAGUACAUUACCAAAAUAGCAAAGAAAGAGGAGAGGGAUGAACCAAAACACCCUCUCCCAUUCAAAUGUUGCUCAAAGCUUCAAACUUCCUCUUCCCUCACUUGCUUUAUACAUAGUUUUCUUCCUUUUCUUGUUUGGUCUAGCUGUCUCUCUUUUCAUCCUUGUUGUGGUUCACAACCCAAUUUUCUUCCUUUCCUUACUCUUCCUAUUUGGUGUCAUUGCUGCAUUUCUAGUGUGGAACUCUCUAUCUUUCCGCAAUAACAGAACUAUUCUACAUUACCUUCAUUCUUUACCUGAUUCUGACCUCACUGUUGCCCACCAUGGCCAGCUUGUCAAGAUUACUGGGCAUGUCUCUUGUGGGAAUGUCUCUUUGGAGUCUUCGUAUGAGAAGGUUGGACGAUGUGUUUAUACAUCAACCUUGUUGUUUGAAUGUGGACAACUUGGCUUGAAGACUGUGGAUGUAAAAGAAUCAUGCUUUGGAUGGAGACUUGCUUAUUCUGAGAGGUUCUCAACUGACUUCUACAUUACUGACGAGACCUCUGGUAUUAGAGCUUUGGUCAAAGCUGGACCUGACUCCAGAGUUAUUCCACUGAUAACAGAGAGCAGACUCGUUACAACAACCAAAAACUGUAAUGUUUUGGCUUUCCAUUUGAGAAAAUGGUUAAGGGACAGGAACCUUUCAUCUGAAGCUCGUUUACUACGUCUGGAAGAAGGAUACAUUAAGGAAGGCAGCUCGCUUAGUGUAUUUGGUAUUUUGCAAAGGAGCAAUGAUGUCAUGGUGGUUACUCCGCCGCAGGAGCUCAUUUCUACCGGCUGUCUAUGGAAAAAGUUGCUUCUUCCUGUUGAUGUUGAUGGACUGAUCCUUGCAAUCCCAUAGUGCGCAAAUUUUGCAACCAACUCUAACUUAGAAACACAACAGCAAUGAAGGUGACAAACCUAUGCAGAGAAAGAAAUAAUGUUGCAUCACAUUUUGGUUGUUUGCAUUCGCAUGUACAGCAGCUUGCCUAAAGAAAGGCAGGCUUAUUUUUGGUUCAGAAAUUCAGGAGUCAGUGCUACUGUUAUUUUGAUAUACACGUGAAUUAUCUUGUCUAGACCUAGGCUUGAGUUAACAGUGCAAGGUUUUUCUCU